GCUUGGCAUCAUGCCCGAGAUACGGUGUGGAUGAGCGUCGUGCCGGAUAUACCGUCGAUACCGCAGUCAGGCCAUGAUGAGCACUGGCUCGACGGAGACAUUCCGGCUGUUGGGCCCAUCUACCUCUUGCAGCCUCACAAGUCUCAUGGAGAUAAACCGGCACUACUGGAAGCAAGGCAGCUCAGUGGCGGAGUCGACUUUGCCGCUUUAAAAGAAUGGUUCUCCUUUUGUCGGCAGUGGCACUUGAGAUCGUGCUGUCGACCAACCAAGGGCGAUACAAUCACACAGGGAUUUCGCGUAAUCGAUUGUGAAAAAGAUCCCCCGGCCGUGGUCUCGAUGUCUUGGGGAGUUGAAUAUGCAGCGCUUAGCUAUGUUUGGGGCCAGCGACAAGAGGACUUGGUGGACUGGCCUGCAACUGUCCUUGAUGCCGUUGAUGUGUCUCGAAGGCUGGGGUUGCGGUAUCUAUGGGUUGAUAGACUGUGUAUCAAUCAAUCGGACCCGGUGGAGAAGGACUAUCUCAUCUCUCGAAUGACUACGAUUUACGAAUAUGCCGAGCUUACUAUUGUUUCGGCAUUUGGAUCAGGGGCUAGCGAUGGCCUUCCGGGUGUUCGGUCAACGCCUCGAAAGAAACAGCCAACCGUUCGAUUAGAGAACGGCAGCUUACUAGUCUCUGCGCUUCGAGAUCCUCGUCAAGAGAUUCUGGCAUCUGAUUAUUGGACAAGGGGGUGGACAUACCAAGAAGGAGUCUUGUCAAAUAGGCGCCUAGUGUUUACUGAGAAUCAAGCCUACUGGGAGUGUCGGUGUAUGGCAGCGCAGGAGUCUUUUCAGAUACCUCUAGAUCUGGUCCAUAAAAACCACACUCCUGUGGAGAAUAAUACCGCCGGCUUGCGUGGAAGAGAAAUUCCCCCUCCGAUGCCACAGGGACAGCACAUGGAGGACUACAUGCUGGGUGGCAUUUUUAAGAGCGAGUCAUCUGGUGGAGACUAUUCAGAAAAGUAUUACAAAGACGUUAUACAAACCGAUGAACACAGACUGGAGUAUGGCUUUCCCGUCCCAGAUGAAGGAUAUAUCAAUUCCCAGCUACGAGCACUGGACGACCACAUUCGCGCCUUUUCAGCAAGAAAACUAAGUCAUGGAGGAGAUUCACUAAAGGCCUUUCUUGGCAUCAUAGGCAUGUUCAGAGACAAGAGGCUGCGUAUAUAUCUUGGUAUCCCAAUGUGGAUGGACGAUAUAUUGGUCGACUUGACGGGUGCUUACAUCACCUUCGCCCUGUCGGUCUGCUCAUGGUAUCACCGCAGCGGCGAUGAACACCACAUGUUUAUCGCAGAGCCGUGCGAGCGGAGGACACAUCUGCCAUCUUGGACUUGGGCAGGAUGGCAAGGCACCGUAUCAUGGCGAGCACCGCCGUCAGACGAGCAUAGCGUCUUUAUGGGAGACUUGAUCACGGCCGAGCCACUUCAAGUUCAUUUGGUGUGGGCCGCAGAUCUAUAUCUAAGAUCCGCUUGCGAGCCGGUAUGCCUGCGACUACUGAAUCUGUAUUCAGCAGAUGUGCUAGAGGCAAAAGUACCUACGCUGUUGGAGAUACGCAAGCCACUAGUCUUGAAAUACUCGAUCCGGCAUGAAAUCAAGGGAAGCUGGGAAUGGAGACGCUUAGCAGGCAGAGCAGGCGAGAAGCGCCGUUACCAAGCCGAGCGACAGGAGUGGGACAAGAAAUGGUAUCGCAUCGCCGGCAGAUUGGCAUUUGUCAGUAUGUCUAUCUCUAUUAGUGAGGAGGAGUGGACUCGGAAGCAUUACACCGGCGAACUUGUCAGCGUGCUCAUCUUUACGGCUCAGCGACCUCGCGCAAAGCAUGGAAGGGCGAGAUUCUUGACGCUGCAGAGGGUUGAGUCUGAUUCGUUUGAGAGACGGUGGGAGAGAGUUGGAACUCUGCAGCUGAUUAUUCCGGAGAUGGACCUGGAUAGAUGCUUCACAAAUGAGGAGUUGCUAAGGAGGAUUCCGGUGAAAGAGUGGGGAGGUGCAAUUGUUGUUCAAUAAAAGAAGCAUACAGUUACGUUGAGUUAAUAACUAACAUGGUGAAGAGACCGUUUUGAGCGCGCAGCAGGUGCUUGAUGUAGCCUGUAAUUGAAAGGGAUAUUAUCUCUUCCACCAAGUACACCGGGUAUGUCAUAUGAAGAAAAAUAUAAUUUGUUGUGAACAGGAUAUGAACUGGAAGCUUAGAAUUUAAGAGACAAGGUAAUACCAGUGAAUGGUAAAAGCUUUAGAGGGGCAAGGUAGCAAUGAGAAUAAAGCAGAC